UUUCGCUCUAAUUCCAUAUUUUUUCCUUCCAUUAUAGUUCUUCGCCUCCAUUUAAGCCCAAGCUUGUCUGUAUCCUAGUAGUCAAUGACCAUACUAUGCUCAGAAGAGGCUUGCAGAUGAAUUAUUAAUCAAUCAAAACAAAUAAAUAUUUCAUAUCACCUCUCUUAAAUUUUUCUUCAACCACAUACUCUCUUUUUCACUUACUAUCAUGUCUAUUAUUUCUCCUGCGUCAUAACAAGAUGUUUUUUAUACCAUCUUACCUUGCUAAUCAUCAGCUUCGCUUUGUCACUGUCAAAUCAAUUGCCAAUUUGAUUCGAAUCAAAAAUAAAGGCUACCCUAUGAAGAAACCGUUUGGAUUGCUUCAGAGCAACAUACCGAUUCGCAGUUCAUUCAAUGACUCAUAAAGAAGAAACAAUUAAAACUCCCAGUUUCGAUCAUCAUAUGCGGAUCAUCUGAGAGGUCACAUGUGAUGCCAGGACUCUACAAUAGAUACACGCGAAAGCCUCUGCCCCUCAAAUCAGUCGAGGCCAAGUCUGCCCUGAAAGGGCUUUCAUUGAGCACAAAUGUAAGCUUGGUGUAUUCGAACGAGAGCACUCAGAACAUAGAUUGUAUCUUUGUCCUCUUCCUGGGGGAGCACUCCGUACUCACCAACUUCGAAGCGACUGUCGGGGGUAGCCACGCGGAACUGAGUCUGUUCCUAGCCGAGAAACUAGAGCCAGACUAUCUCUUCGAAUGUGACGAGGUUAGUGAAGCCUCGGUUCUGCAGCGGGGCGACUUCAUCGUCGACCAGCAUCAGAAUCACCAGUACUUCACGGGAAACAUCGGUUGUCUGGGGCCGAACCGAGAUGCCGAGUUGAAACUUGAACUGGCGACGCAAUGUGACGUCACUGCCGACGGAGCUAUUCGGUUUUACCUUCCUUCGGUUUGCACGCCUCGUUAUAUUCACAGACACAAAAUGCAAGUGCCCUUGGAUAUCGAAAACACCCUGUCAUUUUUCCUAAACCCAAGUGAAGAGUCGAAUUCGUCAACCGGUCUGACAAAAGUGCCCAAUUUAUCAAACUUGGCACAAAAAACUGAACAAAACUUAAUGCCCUACACUUUUGAGUUCACGCUGAAAGUGAAUUCGCCGUGUUUGCUUUCGGGAGUUUUCAGCCCAAGUCACGAAAUACGAGUUGACGCCGACUUACACGAGACAGACGCUCGGAAUUGUAUAAUUACACUAGAUGGUAGACACGAGUACUCGAGCGACAUGGAAAUCAAUAUAUACCUCUCGCAGCCGAACGAGGCUUACUCGGUUGUCGAAUCAGGAGACCUCGGCCGAGUCGAGUACGAGUCUAUGGCGAUGACUAGGUUCGAACAGCGAAUGCGUCGCCGCGAACCGAGCGAACGGCGCUUCCCCAAAAACCCGUCGGAUGUUUUGAAGCACACAUUUCACAAAGACAUCAUGCACGUUCCAUCUUGCAUGAUUAGCUUUACGCCUGACUUCGACAGCCUAAUUGCCCAUUACGACGUCAAAAAUAUCGAAACUUUUCUGUGCGAAUAUAUUUUUGUAGUGAACAGGUCAAACUCAAUGAGCGGAGCUUCUAUUGCGAACUUACGCGAAACUCUUUCAAUUUGCCUCAAGUCUUUGCCAUCCUCUUGUCUGUUUAACUUUGUCGGUUAUGGCUCGGUUUUCAAACGAAUUUUUGACCACAGUAAACCCUUUAUAUCCGACUACGUCUGCGAGGCCAGUCGCUGGAUCAAAAACAUGCGUGCAGAUAUGGGAGGUCUGGACCUGUUUGCUCCCCUCGAGUGGAUCUUCUCCUCUAAUCCGAGAUCGGGGGUAGUGAGACAGGUGAUUGUGUUCACAGAUGGUCCCGUCAACAACACCCACCAAGUACUGGAGCUGAUCAGAAAUAAUGUGCACAACUCAAGGGUGUUUUCAGUUGGCAUCGGGAUGAAAGCGGACGUGGAACUAGUGCGGGGUCUGGCCACAGCCGGAAACGGACACUACUGCUCAGUUCUGAGAGAAGACCGCAUGCAAACCAAGGUUAUGCAGCUCCUGAAGAUAGCAAUGAGUCCAGUUCUGUCCGACAUCAAGAUUGAAUGGUCCCUGCCUGAAGAGUACGAAGUGAUUCAGACCCCCCAAGAACACGCUGCCUGCUUUAUGGGGGGCACAAUUACCACAUUCGGCCUCAUUUUUCCCCGCUUUUCAUUCGACCACAUGGGCCCUGAGUUUACUAAUCUAUGCCAUCAGUCGCAGUACCCGUUUCCAAAUCGGUUCCCAGAACGAGGCACUGCCAAUUUCUUCUCGGUCGGAACUAUGGACAGUGACCACUCAAUGUCCUUUGAAGGCGCGGGAGGUUCACGACAGGCUUCCAUGGACAAAAUGCCUUCACCGGAGGAGCAAAGUAGAAACCACCAACAUAGUCGCCAACUUCAGUUCCGACACACGAAGUUCAACUCAGUGACGGGACCCCAACAAGUUCACCAACCGUCGAGCCUGAUGAAACAAGCUUUAUCCUCCUCGCAUCAGAGUCAAACUCAAAGUCAAACUUUAGACGGCCAAGGUCAAAACCAAGGUCAAGUACCCAACUACAGUUACACAUAUCGCCGUGUGGGAAGAGGUCGCAACCGAGGAUGCUUUUCGGGUGCCACUGUUGCAUCGAGUCGCGAAGGGAGUCGCGACAGCCGAGACGACGACUCGGGCUACGGAAACGAAAUGGUGCGACAGUCGUCCAAGACAUCUUCGACCGGUUCGUUUAAGUACUCGGUUUUGCAGUCGGAACAGAUGCGCAACGAAGGCCGAAGACGCCAGCGGAGACGAGAUGAAAGUCUGUUUUACGAGAUGCGAAUGAGUGGCGGAGCUCUCGGCACCAGCAGACGAGCAAUGCGAGUCCCUUUCGGCGAACAGAGCUCCUCCGAAAUGUCCGGGGAGACAGAAGACACAUACGACCGGGUAGAGACGUGGGCUAACACUGGCUACGUCGACUGCUGCCCUCCCGCUGGAGUCUACAAAAUGUCCCGUGGCUCCUCCCACUCCGGUGCCCCUCUGGUAAAGACCACCACCCGCAGCUGUUCACAAUCUGGGGCGUCCCAGAGCAACACUGACUCGGCGGGUACUUCGGCGUCUAUUGAGGAGACGACACCGAAUGAGCCGGAAACCACGUGCAAAGCUACUGGUGCCAACAUCACUGAAAGUGAUUUUAAUUCAAUCAAAGUGGAAAUCCCUCAAAGCUAUCGCAGCGGAAGCUCCGAGCCCGAUACCUCUCCCACUGUCUUCAUAUCCCCGACCAUUGACCCUCCAAUUCUGCAAAUUAACGCAAACCUUUUGAACGUCGGCAACGUCCGACAAAAGAAAAAGAGUCUCAAAAACGACAAUGACCGAGCGGUUGACUACGAGGAUGAACUGGCGGCGGAGAAUUGCGCGGCGGCAGCAGCGGCAGCCAGUGGUUCCGUGGCGGAAGACGAUGUGAAUGCCACCGGUGGUUCGUCGGGUGGCUAUUACACUUCGACUAUUCAACCCUCGUCUCUGUUUUUGACAGUUCCAGAUGCAAACGGACAUCGAAGAAGUAGUUACGAUGACCAGGCGUUCCGAGAACGACAGAAGAUCAUGAACAAAGACUACUUGAAAGCGACUGAUCCUGACUACUAUCGCAGAGCGGGCAGUGUCGAUCAUACAUGUUAUGAGAAAGACGAGCUACAUGCGGGGUCUCCUCCAACCGGCAGGCUUCAACUCUCACACCCCCCGCAUCAUCACCAUCUGGACCCAGUCAACCAAAUUCCGAAAGAGCUCUACGAGAAGGUGGCUGCCGCCGCCGCCGCCUGCGCUUCCUCGCCACCCGACAGUCGCAAGCGUUACGCGGGAGGCUCCUCCCAACAGAUUUCCUCUAUGUACAAUUCGCGCCACUAUCACUACCACCACCAACAACAUUCGCAUGAUUGCGGCUUAGCAGGGGAGUUGCGCAUUGACCAAUCAAAAAAGAGCUCGCCCGAAUCGGAGGAGCACAGGUAUUGCCAAACGUCUUCCAGUCACGGACACAGCAGAAGUCACCACCACCAUCUCCAUCAGUCGACGGGGACAGGGGGAGGGAUAAUUGGGACGAGAGGAAGGGGAGGAGGGGGAGGGGAAGGGGAAGGGGGGCAUUUCCAGCAGCAUUACGCCAAACAUCAGGGGGCAUCAUCGAGAGGAGGAGGUGGUUCGGGAGGAGGGGGCGAUAAGAACAGAAGACGAACCAUUAAGAAAGCCCAGCCACGUCCUGCAAGUGGUCGGAGACUGAGUUACCAUACUGUGAGCAAGUGCAGCUCAGAUGAGGUGUUUGUGAUGGACUAUUUCUCCACUCCGCUGGACGAGACUUACUUUGCCAACAGACGCAAGCCAGAUACAUCGGAAAACAGAGUAUGGGCCACUGCUUUGGCCAUAGUAUGGCUCACCCACAACUGCGCCCCUUUUCAGCCCGAGUGGACUCUACUGGCGAGCAAAGCCGACCGGUGGCUGGCCAAUCAGAAACUGCCGCGCGGUUUCACCGUGCCCGAAAUAAAAACAUCUGCAUAUCAAGUAUUGAGUCUGUUAUCGCAUCAGCAAAACAAGUAGUCACCAAACACAUCAAUCAUCUCUAUCUCUAUUCUACUGUCGGUUAAGGCUACAGCUCUCAGCUUAGUUUACCGUCGGUCUGUUUGUCAGACAAUCUCAUCAUCAUCCAAUCAUGAUCGUUUGCUUUCUGUUGUUUAUGUUGUUUCAUCGUCCAGUUAAUUUCAUAAUUUAGCAAUUACUUAAUUGUUUUCUGUUCAAUUCAUGUGAAUUCAAAUCGCUGUUUAAUCGC